GUAGGAGAGCGAAUAGGCGCACACUCAUAACAGCAAUUAUCAGCGACAGUAACUAUCUCCAGAUAUACGCAGAGGAAGAAGAGCGCUCCAGUGAUCCCGGACUCCCCUUCCCCCUCCCCCUCGAAAAAAAUCAUUUUACUUUUGCUUACAUUUAUCUUCGACCACUUGCGAGCAACUUUAACGCACUAAAACCGAGAUAUUUGGAGAGGCUCGGCUGAGCUCCAUCGUCUGUCUGCGUGGGCACGGAGGGAAAAAGUUUGCCUACAGCGCUUCUCUGCUGAGAUUUUGACUGCUAAAAGACCGGACUGCUUUAUCACCCGACUGUCCUUAUCUGGUGAGAUAAUACACUGAGAGCCCUUGGAAAGAAACUGCGUUCCUCUUGUACACAGCGCAGAGCCAUUAUCAACGUUUUAUGUGUUUUGAUUUACUAUUGAUAGAAAGUAUAUGCAUGGCAGAUAUGGAAGGGGAGCUCGCUAUCUUUUGUGGUGUUUGAUUGGGUUUCCGUUUCUGAUUUAAUGAGCCAACAACGGAGGCUCAGGAUGUGUGGGGUUGCUGAUAGUCGCCUCUGAGUGCGCAGAUAUCCUUGAUCAUUAAUGUCAUUUUAAUCCAUUUCAUGUCUCAAGGUGAUACAGGUGAAAUAUGUCUGACACGGACUGUGGAACUUUCCUUUUGGCAUGGCUCAUUGAUUAGGGAAAAAUAGGUUUUAUUUUUGCGCAAUAAAGCUUACAGGCUGGGUGGGUGGAUCAGUUGCCCAUGAAACUUUUCCAGUAUUUUUUCAGCUAUCUUCUUUCUCUGUACAUUUGUCUGUAACAAGGCAGGAUUCACAUCAAGGCACAAAAGUUCCUCAGGAGAGUGUGGAUGAGAUUUGUGGACAUCUCCACAGUCCUGCGACUGCCUGAGGAAGACCUCAUCGUGUUUUUCCAGUUUUCCGCCAGGAAGUAGAUUUUAAAGAGAGAAAAAUGUAUCAAAGCCUGGCCUUUUCUUCCAAUCAGUCCCAUUACACGCAUGACACCGGGAAUUACAUCCACCCCUCUGCCAGCUCUCCCGUCUACGUCCCUUCCACCAGGGUUCCUGCCAUGCUGCCCACCCUGCCCUACCUGCAAACCUGCGACUCGCCUCAUCAGUCUCACGGCCUCACUGGUCAUCACGGCUGGCCCCAGGCCGGCACAGACGGCUCUUCCUUCACGCCCAGCAGCCCCCAUCCCUCACAUGGAUUCUCCUACUCGCACAGCCCGCCCGUGAGCACCAACACCGGGCGAGAUGCAACCUACCAGAGCCCGCUGGUUCUCGGAAACGGAGCUCGCGCGGACCAGUACGGAGGCGCUCUGGUGCGCUCGGUCGGAGGUUCCUACUCCAACCCGUACGCCUACAUGAGCCCCGAGAUGGCGACAUCCUCCUGGACGCCGGGACAUUUCGAAAGCGGGGUGAUCAGCCUGCAGGGCCGACAGGGAGGUCUGUCAGGGAGAAGAUCCAGUCUGGACCUGAUAGACGACAUGCCCACAGAGGGCAGAGAGUGCGUCAACUGUGGCUCCGUGUCGACCCCGCUGUGGCGCAGAGACGGUACCGGGCACUACUUGUGUAACGCCUGCGGCCUCUAUCACAAGAUGAACGGCAUCAACAGGCCCCUCAUCAAGCCGCAGAAACGACUGACCACAUCACGCCGGGCCGGCCUGUGCUGCACUAACUGCCACACCAGCACCACCACCCUGUGGAGACGCAACGCUGAGGGAGAACCUGUCUGUAAUGCCUGUGGCCUCUACAUGAAGCUACAUGGGGUGCCCAGACCUCUCGCAAUGAAGAAAGAGAGCAUUCAGACAAGGAAGCGGAAACCCAAGAUGCCCAAGAAUAAAACAUCCACAGGAUCUAUCACUUCCGACGCCGGCUCCCCAACCUCCCUGUCAGUCUCAGAGCACGCUUCCACUAUUAAGAGUGAACCCAACAUGGCCCCGUCACCCUAUGCUGGACAGACUGUAACAUCUGCCACUCAGACUGCUUCUCAGUUGGACAGCACAGCCUCAGGACACGUGGACAUUAAAUAUGAGGAUUUUCCAUUUACUCCGACCUCCUUGGCUCCACAGAAUUCCUGGUGUGCUCUGUCUCAAGCAUGAACAAGCUCUGCCACAAGGGCAAUACUGACCCGACUUGAUUGAUCAGUGAGGUCAUCCCACCAUCCUGAAACUUCUCCUUAACAACUCUGAAGCUGUGGUGGGCCAACAUAGUAGGUCAUAACCAGACAGAUACUGUCAUCCCACUGUUAUCAAAAGGGGCUGCACAAUUUCAUUCUAAGGACAUCUAAUGUAUUUUCUAUAUUAUAUAUUGUAACACACUGGCUAUGUAAUGGAAGCAUAAAUGGCUCUCCUGGACUGCAUUUUUGAAGGAUACAUGUGAGCUUUCCAAAGACUCUGGACUGGCCCUGGCUUUUCUAAACUCAUAUCUAGCAACUUCAUUUGCUCAGAGGGACAACAACUACUACCUAUUGCUAAAAGAUAUUGCUGUUUUUGGCAAUAAUCUACACAGUGCACAGCAAACCAAUGCAAGGAUGAUUGCGUGGGAUUUUAUGAGCUAUAACUCCUAUAGCCCCCUUUUUUAUGACUUCCAUACAACUUCGUGUGGGUCAUUCGUUGCUUCAGUAUGAAAUCGUCAGAAGGGAAAGCAAAGUUUGUUGUUAAUGGUUAUGCACAAAAAACCUUGGUUAGUUUUGGACAAGAUCAUAUUUUUUAUUGCUUAAAAAAAGCUCCAGACUUUGUUUCUCGGGUGUCGAGUUCCACUUCUUCUAUAGGUGAGAAACACCUGGCACAAUUUAUAUGCAAUUAUUCAUAUAGCUAUUAAUGCUUCUAAAGUUUAAAACCUAAGGGUCAUAGCAAAGACUCCUCAUAACAGUUUCAUUCAUGUUCCUUACUGUCACUAAUGUGAUAAAAUGUCACAGUUUUCUAUGAGGUUUCCAAGAACAUGUUUUCAUGUUGUUGUCACUGCAAGAAAGAAAUCCAGAAAAUGCCUUUAUGGCUGUUUAGCAUGUCUCAUUCCCUUGUAGAUAAUUAACUUUUAUAGGCACAUUAUUUGUGUUGAGAUAACGACUGUUAAAAGUCAUUGUAGACACUAAAACCAGCCAGUUAUGACCCACUGUUCUCCAUGUAGAAUGGCUUUUGUGCUGUAUGUGUCUCAGUGGUGAUGCUUAGAUUAUGGUAGAUUUAUUUUUACAAGAAACAGAAGAGAUAAAAUGCAUCCUGCAAGAGUUAUUUGAAAACCAGGAGCAGUCAUUUUAAUUCUGACAUGACGACAUAUCAGAAUUUUUACCAUUUUACUGCUCUAAAAUUUGAUCUUAAUGAAAGUGCAAUUAUUUUUUUUCUUCAAAAAUCGAAGACAAAACAAAGUGUGAAAUUGUUGUAAACAUUAUUAUCUAAAUUUAUUAUCUGUAUUUUGUUAAUAUGUAAGGAACUGUUAUAAUUUUUUUAAGAAUUGUUUUUGGGUUUUUUCUUCAAUGCUCUUUGGAAUCUGUUAAGUUUAAUAAAACU